UUAAUUAUAACAGAAAGACUUCUUCAACUAUAACGCAAAAAUAAUAUUUUUUACAAACUUUUUUUUUUUUAAUAGUAACAACUUAUCGAAGAUAUGCGUAGCAUCUGGUUCACCUUUAAACUAUUCGAAGGCUGUUUGGGCUGUCUGUGUAUGGGCAUACAAAUCGAGGGAUUUCUAAAUGUGGCUGUGGCACAGGAUUUAUAUUUGUACAUCAUUGUAUUCUCCGUGUUCACAUGCACCAGCUUCUUUGGCUGUCUGAAUAUUUGCAUGGAAUACGAGCCGGUAUUGUUGCGCGAAAUUCUUUGGAGUGGUUUUGCCAGUUUUAGUUACACGGUAACCGCAAUCACCACGAUGUACCAUGCUGAAAAGGACUUAUAUCUAAUAUAUUUAUCGGAUUUGGAAAUCAUUGAAGAUGAGAUGGGGCAUCAAUUCUUCGGCUACUCCAAGACACAGGCCAUAUAUGCCAUUAUUACAUCGGUUUUGUAUUUAUUACAUACGGUACUUGCGGCCGAUAUAUAUUUCACAGAUCUUGCAGUUGCUAGAGCAGCGGAAAAACAGCAAGAGAAAAAGAAAUUGGUGCUAUAUCUGUGCGGUGCGAAUGUCCACAAUCGUUUGCUCAAAUUGAAAUGGUUUCGUCGUCUUGAUGGUAGAAUGCUUUCAACGGAUUUGGAGUAACUGCUAAUGAAGGCAUACAAAUAUAGACCAAUUACAAUUGGCAAUUUUGCAAAAAAAAAAAAAAACAUAGAUUAGGGUUAAAACCGGAAAACUUAUAGAUCAUAUGCAUGUAUUUUAUUUGAACAGCAUAGGAAAAUACAAUAUUUGACCUUAAUUGACCAUGUCUAUAUGAAACUAAAAAUAAUUUUUAGUAUCUUGAUAAAUGUUAUAUUCACAAUCAAAUUCUCAUUUUGGCCUUAAGUAAUUGUAUAAGAACGCUUACUUGAAUACAUCCUUUGCCAAUGAUCGCUUAAUAUGUA